AGCAGCAAUUGACAGUGAACAAUUGUACCGAUAAAUAAAAGAACCUGCAGCGAGAUUUGCACAUUGUUGUGUUAUUUUCGUGCGUGAAACUAUCGAAUUUUUGGCGCGUCUCACUAUUCAAACCCACUAGAAACAUGCAUCGUUCAAAAAGUGCACUGAGUUUGCUUCAGCAACUGACCAGAUUAAGGGCCACGGCGAGCGGAACCACACUGGCAAGCCGUACGAUGCAAACGAUGAAUGUAACACACGCUUCGGACACUCGAUUACUUUGGUCCGUAAACCGUACGACACACGGCCUACAGCUGCGAUCCUUUACCACAGAGAAAGACACAGCACGUGUUGAGGAACCGACCGAGAACGAGAAGAAGCUAACGCUGGAACUGGAAGAGACACGGAAAGAGGCGGCCGAUCUCGCGGAGAAAGUUAAAUCGUUGGAUGACAAAUACAAGCGCGCCUUGGCGGAGAGUGAAAACAUUCGACGACGGUUAACGAAACAGAUUGACGACGCCAAACUGUUCGGAAUCCAGGGUUUCUGUAAAGAUCUGCUGGAGGUAGCGGAUAUUUUGGGCCACGCGACGGAAGCUGUCCCGAAGGAUGAGAUUUCAGAUAAGAAUCCUCACUUGAAAAAUCUGUUCGAGGGACUCUCCAUGACGCGUCAGCAGCUCAACAGUGUAUUUAAGCGACACGGGCUGGAACCGGUCAAUCCGAUGAAUGAAAAGUUUAAUCCCAAUCUGCACGAAGCGCUGUUCCAGCAGGAGGUGGCCAAUGUGGAACCGAACACGGUCGUGGUGGUGAGCAAAAUCGGAUACAAGCUGCAUGACCGCUGCAUACGUCCAGCGCUCGUAGGUGUGACGAAGGGUUAGGAGAGGGGUGGACAAAUCCUGGGGACACAUGAACAAAAAAAAAAAGAAUAUUGAAGGACAGACAGAGAUGGUUAUAGAUUUAUAAUGUCCUUCGCACACAUCGGAAGGACACGCGAAUAAUUCCACAAAUAAACAAAGCUAGCGUGUGUUUCGACCAAA